AUGCUGGGGACCCUGAUUCCGCCCUGGUUUGUCGACAAUGCGCCAACUCCAGAUGAGUUCGCAACUGCCAGUGUGAUAUGGGGCAUCUCACUGGGCCUCACUAUCUUCGCUGUCAUCCGAGCAACUAACCAGACCUGUCACCAAUGGAUUCGAAAGCACAAAGUCACCGCAUAUAUGGUCUUUAUCUGGCUCGAACUCGUAUCGAGCGCUAUUAUUGGAGGAACAGCCUGGGGAUAUAUGCGAAAAGAUAUACCGCCUAGCAGCCCUUACUUCACCCAUUGCAUCCUGCAAAUAAUUAUUAAUCGUAUCGGGCUGAUCGCUCUCAACAAAGUCUUCAUCCACCGCCUCAAGUGGGCUGUGUUUAUCAUCGUUCUUGUUAUCAACAUAGCCGUGGCUUGUAUCUGGAUCCCUAGUCGUCUCCAGAUAUCCGAAACAUACAUCACCAUCAACAAUUACUGGGACAGGGCCGAAAAAGCGGUCCUCGCCUUUAUUGAUCUUUGCUUGAACGUCUACUUUGUCUAUCUUGUUCGUUCCAGCCUCAUCGCAUACGGGCUUACCAAAUACGUGCGGCUAUAUCGCUUCAACCUCUUCAUGAUCGCGAUUUCGUUAUCUAUGGAUGUAUGUGCUUCCGGCUCUUCUUAUAUGCAUCUACCCAUUUCAUUACAACUAACAACUCUCUCUAGCUUUCAUCCACUCGCAUAUCUAGUCAAGCUUCACAUUGAGCUCUCCAUGGCUGAAUUGAUUGGCAAGAUUGUCAAAGCAUCUUCCCGAAGAGGAGCUUGUAUGUGCAAUGACUAUGGGAACGACCCAUUUCGAAUUGAGCAAAUCUGUGCAGUCUCAGUGACCGAGGAUGUUGCCAAUCAAAGGGCCGUAAUGGCGCCAACAACCGGCCGCCUUAAACAAUGGCUUACAUUGAGACCUUCUCGCUCUAGGCACCAAAAUGAAACGCUUGGGAAUGGCUUGGAUCAUUCAAUGGAUUUAAAAGCGGCUCGGGACUAG